AUGUAUGACAACAUCUCUGAUUUCACAAGAUAUGAUGACGACCAUGACCCCGAACAUGGUGAAGAAGAAGUUUUACAAACAUCCAUUAAGACAGGAAAGGUUUUAACUCAAAGUCUCAUUAUUGACACCAAAGAUGGCGAAGUGGACGUUCUUCAAGAGCUGAAGAAAAAUACUUCUUCGGGAGGUGGUGGUAGGCAUGAACUUGAAAUAAAUGAGAUAGAAGAGAAAUUAGCCGAAAAAGCAGAUAAAGAACAUAAACACAAUAUCUCCGAUAUAAAUGAACUUCAAGCUACAUUAAAUAGUAAAGCGGACAAAAAUGAACUUGACGCAAUGAACAAAGUUUUGAAAUCUCAUAAACACAACAUCUCCGAUAUAAAUGAACUUCAAGCUACAUUAAAUAGUAAAGCGGACAAGAACCAUGUUCAUUAUAUAACUUCAGACGAACAGAUUAUAACGGACUACCAUGGAUAUUUAACACGAAGUGAUGAAGCGAAGACAAAAAAUGUUAAUGAAAGAAGAUAUAAAUACAUUCGUGCUAAAGGUUAUGACAUAAGCUGUACUGUACAGUAUGAUGUAGCUAAAGCACCAGAAGCAUUUGGUUAUACCGGUGAAAUUUAUGCCUCUACUUUCAAUGUUAACGGUGUAUUAGUUGAACCAAGAUUUAUGUUAAGAGUUAAGGCAAAAAUAACGUUUGAAGAUGCUAUUAAAAGUAAAGCUGACAAAGUUGAACUCGAAGCAACGAACAAAGUUUUGAAAUCUCAUAAACACAACAUCUCCGAUAUAAAUGAACUUCAAGCUACAUUAGACAGUAAAGCUGACAAGAACCAUACACAUAAAUCCUUCACUACUGUUAGAGCAGACGACAUAAUAUUGA